UAAUAUUUGAUAACAUAGGUUCUGUAGCUUAAAACCAAACGAUAUUUUUAAACAAUCUAGCGAUAUAAAAGAUGGGAUCGACAUGAAUGCGUCUUAUUCAAUUCGCAGUCACAAAAGAAAGUUAUGUGGCAGAUAUUACUUACAUGCUUAGUGGUAACCGUUUACGGGAGGUAUGAAAAUGUUAAUAUCGGCCAGGAUUGGUGGGAGAGCGCUGUUUUUUAUGAGAUUUAUACGAGAUCCUUCAUGGAUAGCGAUGGAGAUGGAGUGGGAGACCUUAACGGCAUAACUUCAAGGCUGGAAUAUCUCAAGGAGAUAGGGAUAGAUGCUGCAUUCCUGUCUCCGAUCUUCAAAUCUCCAAUGCACGACUUUGGGUACGACAUAUCUGAUUACUACACCGUACAUCCGGAAUAUGGUACAAUGGACGAUUUUGAGCAGUUGAUCAGAAGGGCUAAUGAUUUCAAUAUAAAAAUUGUGUUAGAAUUUGUGCCCAAUCACACGAGCAAUGAAAGCGAGUGGUUCACGAAGUCUUCCAGCAAGGAUGAGUUUUACAAUGACUGGUAUGUGUGGGAGAAUGGACAUAUGGAUGAUAGAGGUCGAAGUAGUCCCCCCAAUAAUUGGAUAAGCGUGUUCAGGAAAAGUGCUUGGACUUACAGCCCGGGCCGGGAUCAAUAUUAUUUGCAUCAAUUCGGGGAUAGUCAGCCCGAUUUGAACAUGAGAAAUCCAGUUGUAGUAGAUGAGUUGAAGAGUAUAAUCAAAUUCUGGCUCGAGAAAGGCGUAGCUGGAAUGAGGCUGACAUCAGUCAACUAUCUGUUUGAAGUUGACAAAGAACUGUACGGUGGAAGGUACCCUGAUGAGCCCUUGACCGGGAAACCAGGGCUGGGCCCAAACGAUUACGGAUAUCUGGAACAUGUUUAUACUAAAGACUUGGAAGAGAACUAUGAGAUCGUCUCGCAAUUUCGUGAAGUUUUCGAUUCUAUUUCUCUUAGAGAUAAUAUGACCAGGGUAAUGAUGACCGACGCUUACACCAACAUAAAGAACGCGGUGAAAUAUUACGGCGAAGGGCCAUUAUACGGGGCCCACAUACCUUUCAACUUCGCCCUCUUAGAGGAACUUGGAAAGGAAACUGAUGCGAGGGACAUUAAAUACAUCGUGGAUCGCUGGAUGACAUACAAACCGCUGAAUAAACGUGCCAAUUGGGUGAUUGGCAAUCACGAUAAGAGUCGCGUCGCCUCCCGCUUCAGGAGCGAAUUGGUGGAUGCUUUCAAUAUGCUUAUACUUUUGCUGCCGGGCGUGGCUAUCACUUAUAUGGGUGAAGAAAUCGGUAUGACCAAUGGGUUCGUUCCCUGGGCAUAUACAAAAGACCCUAGGGCUUGCAAUACCGACGACCCGGUCAAUUACAUAGAAUUCUCCCGAGACCCAGUCCGGACGCCCUUCCAAUGGAGUAAAGGGAAAAACGCAGGUUUUACUAGCGGAGAGAACACUUGGCUGCCAGUGGCUGAUGGGUACGAGCAUCUCAACGUAGCAGCCCAGAGGUCAGCCAUGAGGUCUCACUACCAGGUGUAUCGGACCCUGACCAACUUGAGGUCCCGACCAGCAUUCAAGCUCGGCAGAUUCGAAUCCUUGGCUAUUAAUAAUGACGUCUUCGCAUUUAAGAGGUGGUAUAAUGAUGAUACGUAUGUGGUAGUGAUGAACGUGGGUAGAACCUACCACGUUGUGAACCUGACUGUAAUUGAUCUGAUAUUUGGGUCCAUGGAGGUCGAAGUCAGCAGUGUGUUAUCUCCAAGAUCUUACAGUGACAACGUGCAGGCUAAUUAUUUAGAUUUGGCAGCAGAUGAAGCUUUGGUGCUGAGGAUGCAGGUGUAAAAAAUGUAUUUUUGUUAAAUGUUGAUUAAAGCGAACAAAUUUCUUUAUAACUUUUGUAUUAUUAUUAU